AUGAAAGCAAUGAACGUGAACACAUUACUUGGCGCUGUGACUUGGGAAAUGAUCGAGCCUGUCGAGGGCAAAUUUGACUUCAGCGAGUUGGACAAGGUCGUUCUUGGUGCACGGAGAGAAGGACUGCAUCUGGUUCUGCUGUGGUUCGGGAGCUUCAAGAACGCACUUUCAACUUAUGCUCCAGGCUGGUUGAAGAAAGACGUUAUCCGCUUUCCCCGCGUGCACAUUAAGGAUGAAAAUGGUCGGCUCAAGACUAUCGAGCUUGUCUCUCCAUUCAAUCAGAAUGCAUGGGCGGCUGAUUCUAAAGCUCGCGAUCGUUCCAGUGGAGCGACGAAAGCAUUCAAUUCGCCCGUCCCUGAUGACCUUCUCUCAUACCUCCGCAGCCAGGAGAAACUGCAUCCAAUGUUCACCAAACCGUGGCCGAGUUUCCAAGACGCUUCAUCCCAGCGACAGAACACCAGUUGGGAGUCAGUAUUUGGCACGGGAAUCGCUGCUGAGGAGAUUUUCAUGGUCAAUGCCUUCUCCAGUUGCAUCAGUCGCGUCGCGGCUGCUGGGAGGGCAGAACCUGGGAUCCCUUUGUACACCAAGACAUGGCUCAAAUUUGAUGAUCCAUGCGUCCUUGAAAUCGCUGGAAUCCAGCUGGGUAAUGGUAAGCCAGCUGUCGCAGGUAGUGGUGCUAAAGCAGGCGUCUAUUCUUCUGGUGGUCCAGUGCCACAUGCUUUAGACAUCUGGAACUUCCACACAGUCCAAAGUGGCACCCUUGAUUACAUAAGCCCCGAUCUCUACCUUCAUAAUUAUGACUGGGUAUGCUGCCAGUAUCGCUACAAGAACAAUCCACUCUUCAUUCCGGAGCAGAAGGCGGAUCUAGCCGGAGCAAGACGAAUAUGGCUGGCAUAUGGCUCACAUGGAGCGAUUGGAUGUAGUAUUCACGGUAUUGAUACCGUGAAUAUGGAUGCGAAGGGACAGGAGGCGUGGACGAGAAGUUAUGUCUUGCUGAACAGUAUGAGUUGCUACAUACCUGAGGUUCAAGCUGAGCGACCGGAUUCCAUGUUUGGAUUUUUCUUUGUGAGUAUGACGCUAGCAAGCCAGCGGAUCAGGACAAAUAGUGUAAGACGUUCAACAACGGUGAGAUGGAAGUUAUUGUCGAGAGGUCCUUCGUGUUUGGCAACCCUGCACCUGGUUACGGUAUCGUCAUUUAUCAGGGUGAACAUAGGUUUCUGUUGA